CUCUUCUCACAUCAUCUACUUUUACUUGCCGGCAAAGUAACAGACUCGUUCAGCAUCAUGUCCGAAAAGAAGAUGCAAUAUGUCAAACUAGGCAACAGCGGUCUCAAGGUGUCUAAGAUUAUCCUCGGAUGCAUGUCUUACGGGACUCCCGAAUGGGCCGAUUGGGUCCUUGCUGAGAAAGAAGGCAUUGAACACAUCAAAUACGCCUACUCCCGUGGGGUCAACACUUUUGACACAGCUAAUGUCUACUCCGGAGGAGAGAGCGAGGUUGUUCUCGGUAAAGCACUUAAGGAAAUCGGAUGCCCCCGUGAAUCCAUAGUGGUUCUCACCAAGGUGUUCAAUCCCGUAUUCAGAGGGAAACAGACGGACAUGCCCAAGCAGUUGGACCAGAAUGGUUUUGUCAACCAACAUGGUUUGUCUCGCAAGCACAUCUUCGAAUCUGUCAAGCUCAGUCUCGAACGUCUUCAGCUCGACUACGUCGACGUUUUGCAGUGUCAUCGAUUCGACCCGGAAACUCCUAUCUCGGAGACCAUGCAAGCUCUUCACGACAUUGUUCAAGCUGGUUAUGUGAGGUAUAUCGGGAUGUCGAGUUGCUGGGCCUACCAGUUCCAAGCUAUGCAAAACUAUGCAAUCAACAAGAACCUCACUCCGUUCAUUUCCAUGCAGAACUUCCACAAUGCUGCGUAUAGGGAAGAAGAACGUGAAAUGAUGCCUACUCUCAAGAUGAUGGGAGUAGGUUGUAUCCCUUGGUCUCCUCUUCACAGGGGUUAUCUAACUCGUCCAUGGACUUCUCAAGCUACUGUCCGUGUGGAAAGUGACGUAGGAUACAAAUCUCGUGGGUUGCACCAACCUGACGAACCGACCAAAGCGAUCAACGAAAGGGUAGAAGAGGUCGCCAAGAAAAAAGGAGUCCCAAUGGCUCAAGUAGCUCUAGCAUGGAGUUUGGCAUGUGAUUUCGUAACUGCUCCCAUUGUUGGUUCGACGAGUUUGGAGAGAUUGGAGGAAUUGAUCGAUGGAAUUCACGUCACCCUUACACCUGAGGAAAAGAAAUUCAUCGAUGAACCUUAUGCUCCUCGUGCUAUUACUGGUCACACCUAGACAAGCGAGAUCGAUCUGUGUGGUAAGAAUAUGAGAGGAAGAAUAGUGAUCUCAGUGUUUAGAAUAACAAUGUUAAACUGUCUGUGCUG